GUUUUGAAGAAAAAAAGGGAGUCGCUCAGUUUCUGGUAUUCGUGAGAUCUCCUCCUUCGAUGGAUAAAUCUCACCUUCUUCAAUCUAUCGGCCAUGCCUCAGUCACCGAUUUGAUUCUGUGGAAGAACAAACGCGGUGGGAUUCUUCUGCUCGGAUCAGCGACGUGGUUAUGGUUCCUCUUCGAGAAAUGUGGUUAUAGUUUCUUCCCCUUUGUCGCCAACAUUCAGCUACUUCUCGUCGUUAUACUCUUCCUCUGGGCCAAAUCUGCCAUUCUAUUCAAUAGGCCUAUGCCUGAACUUCCUAAUCUUGAAAUCUCGAAAGCAUCUCUUCUUAUGGUUGCUGAUCCUCUACGACUCUUAAUCAAUACUCUUCUCUCAAUUGCUCGUGAUAUUUACGUUAACAGAAACGCCAAACAACUCUUCCGGAUUAGUGUUGUGUUGUGGACUGUAUCACUUGUUGGCAGUUUCUUCAACUUCUUCACAAUACUCUAUCUUGGUAUUGUUCUCUGUAUGUUGAUUCCCAUUCUGUACGAGAGGUACCAGCAUCACAUUGAUGAGAAGCUAUCUGUCACACAUCGUAUGAUUCAAACACAAUACAGAAAGAUUGACGAAAGAUUACUACAGAAGCUUAUUGCUAAGCCCACAAGCAAGAUAAAGAAGAUGCAAUAGAAUACACCAAGGUGAUACUCUUUUAUGACCGAGUAAAGAUGCAACAGAAAGACGUAACAAACUUUGAGUAUAGAUGAAUAGAGGUAUUGAGACUUGAAAGUCUUAUACCACAGAAGUGUAAUGUAGUUUUGUCACUUGAGUCAACGCUUCAUUUGAUUCUCUUUAUAGGAACUGAACACGUGGGAUUAACAAGUCCAUGACUAUGUGUAACUUCGGGAAUUAUUGGUGACUCUAAUUGGAAUAUGGGCCUUUUUC